AUGGCUGACCGUUCCAGACGCCCAAAGAACGCGGCUGACAAACUCGCAGAGUACAAGCGCAUUCGAGAAGGCGGGAGCAGGAAGUGGAAGUCCGAGGAAGACGACACGAUAUACGAUGAGGUCAACGAGGACCAGUACAAGAAGAUCGUCAAAGGAAGGCUGCAGAAGGACGACUUUGUGGUAGAUGAUGGUGUCGACGGAUACAUGGACAACGGCAUGGACGACUGGGCAGGUGGGGAGGAAGACGAGGAGGAGGAUGAGCAGGAGCAGUACGCGCGCAAGAAAGCUAAAAAGGAGCAGGUAAAGCCCCGAGCGAAGCCCAAGGCCCCUCCCGAGAUGCAGUCCGCCUCGAUCAAUGCGUACCGACCCGCCGUCCCGGCCGAGCAGGAAGACGACUUCAUGAACAACCUCCUCGGUGACUUGGAGAGCGCUCCGAUCAGGUCCAGACCAGCGCCCAAGAAAACCAGAAAACGCAAGCCCUCUCCUCCGCCCGAGGACGACCCCGAUCGCUCGUCGCCCGCCCCGUACCGCAACCGCGACUUUGAGCCCGACCUGAACGACGUAAUGAGCCCCAAGAAGAAGGCGCGCUACGCCGACGGAUCCGCGAGCAUCGUCCCGGAGAUGAGAAAGAUGGGCAAGCUCGACGUGCAUAGCGAUGCCGACGACAUCAUGGACGUCGACAUGGAGGCGUUCAUGGAUGUGGCGGACGACGACCUCGAGGACAUCAAACCCGUCGUCAAGAAGGAGCCCGUGGCCGUCAAGCUCCCGCCCGCCGCGAACGGCCACGCGAAAGUGAAGAAAGAAGAGAAAGACACCGGCCCGCCGUCCUGGCUCUCCGUGUACGACUCGCUCACCGUAACCUCGGACGACGUCCUCGGCUCCACCAGUGCCGCCGCCACUUCGUCCUCAUCCAAGAAUACCAUCAACGCGCUCGCCGAAGACGGCACGCUCCCCUUCUUCUGGCUCGACUUCCUCGAGCUCUCCGGCAAGCUCUUCCUCACCGGCAAGGUCAAGGACAGGACCACCGGCGCCUGGGCCUCCGCGUGCCUCUCCAUCGAAGGGCUGCAGCGCAACCUCUACGUGCUCCCGCGCCAGCUGCGCGUCGAGCAGGUCGAGGACGAGGAUGGCGAGGUCUCGCUGCAGGAGACGGAGCACCCUCCGAGCAGGGCGGACGUGUACGGCGACUUUGACAGGAUCAGGCAACGGCUGGAUAUCAAGAGCUUCAAGGCCAAGUGGGUGCGGAGGAGCUACGCGUUCGACGAGAAGGAUGUGCCGAAGGAGGCGGAGUGGUUGAAGGUGCUAUAUCCGUUUGAGGAUCCGCACCAGGUGCCCAUGGACGCGCAGUCUCCCAACAUCGCGCGUAUCUUUGGCACAAAUACGAGCGCGUUCGAGCUCUUUGUCCUCAAGCGCAAGAUCAUGGGUCCUUGCUGGCUUAACGUCCGCAACGCCGUCGUGGAGAACAAAGGGAUAUCCUGGUGUAAACUCGAAGCGAGCGUCUCAGACCCCAAGGACGUCACUCCAAUGGGCGAUGGUGCUCCCGAGCCUCCGCCGCUCACGAUCAUGAGCAUGACCGUGCGCACCGUCGUCAACCACAAGGAGAACAAGCGCGAGAUCGUUUGUGUGACAAGUCGGAUAUGGCGGGAUGUUGUCCUGGAUGAUCCUACGCCACCUGAGCAACUCCCUUGCUCCGUCCACACCUUCGUCCGUCCGCUCGAGCGUUUCCCACCCAAGUUCGAAGCGCAGGCGAAAGCAAAUAAACGUGGUCUCAUUUCACCCAUGUUGAACGAGCGAACGCUGCUCAACAACCUCCUUGUCACGCUCUACAAGUCAGACCCGGACGUCAUCGUCGGCCACGACUUCCUCGGCGUCUCGCUCGACGUGCUCCUCACGCGCAUGCGGGACCUCAAGGCCGACCACUGGUCACGGCUGAGCAGGUUCAGACGCAACAAGUGGCCCAACAUCGGCCGACAGGGCACCAACAUGCGCUUCCUGAACGGCCGGAUGCUGUGUGACCUCGCCAGCGACGGCGCGCGGAGCAUGAUCGCAUCGACGACGUGGUCCCUGACGGAGAUGUGCAAGACGCACCUCAAGUCGGACCGGCAGGACAUCGACCCGGACGACACGGCGUCCUACUUCGACAGCGCGGUGUCCGCGCCGGACAUGCUCAUGACGUUCGUGCGGCACUGCGAGCUCGACGCGCACUACCAGAUGGCGAUCGCGAGCAAGGUGCAGAUUCUGCCGCUCACGCGGCAGCUCACGAAUCUCGCAGGGAACGCAUGGAACAAGACGCUUAAUGGCGGGCGCGCGGAGCGCAACGAGUAUAUUCUGCUGCACGAGUUCCAUAGGCUCAAGUACAUAUGCCCGGACAAGACGUACGGCAAGAAGGUCAAGCCCGAGCCCGAACCCGACGAGGCCGACGAGGAGGGCGGGAAUGCAGCAGGCGGCGGUGGCGGGGGGAAGGCGAGCAAGGCGAAGCGCGACAAGUACAAGGGCGGUCUCGUGUUCGAGCCCAAGCGCGGACUGUGGGACAAGUUCAUCCUCGUCAUGGACUUUAACUCGCUGUACCCGAGUAUCAUUCAGGAGUACAAUAUUGACUUUACGACGGUCGAGCGGCAGGUGGAUGACCCGGACGACAAGAUCCCCGAGCCGCCGUCGUCCGACGUGGCGCAGGGCGUGCUGCCCCGGCUUAUUGCGACGCUCGUCAGCCGGCGACGGCAGGUCAAGUCGCUCAUGAAGGACAAGUCGGCGACGCCGGCGAAGCUGCUCCAGUACGACAUCAAGCAGCAGGCGCUCAAGCUGACGGCCAACAGUAUGUACGGCUGUCUCGGGUUCGAGUACUCCCGAUUCUACGCCCGGCCGCUCGCCGCGCUGACGACGUUCAAGGGUCGCGAGAUCCUGACGCACACGCGCGAGCUCGCAGAAAGCCUCCAGCUCGACGUCGUAUACGGCGACACCGACUCCGUGUUCGUCAACUCGAACGUGACUGAGCUCUCCGAGGCGCUCAAGAUCUCCAACGAGUUCAAGAAGGCGGUCAACGACCGCUACCGGCUGCUCGAGAUCGACCUCGACGGCGUGUUUGCGCGCCUGCUGCUUCUCCAGAAGAAGAAGUACGCGGCAAUCAAGGUCGAGGACGGCAGCCGGACGUCGACGGAGAUCAAGGGUCUGGAUAUGAAGCGGAGAGAGUACUGUGCGCUGUCGAAGAACGUCUCGCAAUACGUUCUGGACCAGAUUCUGUCGGGAGAGGCAACGGAGAUCGUCGUCGAGCAGAUCCAUGAAUAUCUAACUAGUGUCAGCGAGAACGUCCGCUCGGGGAAGAUCAAAGUCGACGACUUCAUCAUCUUCAAGCGACUCGGCAAAAACCCAGAAGACUACCCGGACGCCAAAUCCCUCCCGCACGUGCAUGUCGCGCUCCGCCUCAAGGCGAAAGGCGGCAGCGCCCGUGCGGGCGACGUCAUCCCGUACAUCUUCUGCGUCGCGCCGGGCGAGGACAGCUCCAAGACGGCGCAGGCCGAGCGCGCGAAGCACCCCGACGAGCUACGGCGCGCCGACACCAAGGAGCUGCAGAUCGACUACGACCACUACCUCGCGAACCAGAUUCUGCCGCCCAUCGAGCGGUUGUGUGAGCCGAUUGAGGGCACGGACAGGGCGAGACUUGCGGAGUGUCUUGGCUUGGACCCGUCACGGUUUAGGAGCUCGUCCGCUGGGGAGGCUACGACGUCGUUCGCGACGCUCGACUCGCAGAUCACCGACGCUGAGCGGUUCCGGGACGCCAACCCCUUCCUUGUCCGGUGUCGCGGGUGCCAAGGCCAGCUUGCGUUCUCGCCGCUCUGGGAAGACGACGCAUGCGUUCGCCCGACUGGCGUGGCCUGUCCCGCGUGUAGCGCACCGCUGAGCACGGUAAGCUUGCAGACGCAGCUCGAGGUCCAGAUCCGCGCGUGCAUCGCGCGGUAUUAUGAGGGAUGGACGGUGUGCGACGACACAACGUGCGGAAACCGGACGCGCUCGAUGCGCGUGUACGGCCGGCGGUGCGUGCAGCCGGAGUGUCGCGGGAGCGUGCAUUUUGAGUACUCCGAUACGGAGCUGUAUAACCAGCUGCGGUACUUUGCGACGUUGUUCGAUGAGGGGAAGAUUAAGGCUGCGGCGGCCGGCAGCGCGAGGAAGGAUGCCAUCGACGGGCUGCUCGCAAACCCGAUAAGUAGGGAAUUCCUGGAGACUAUGGCGGCUACGGUGGGGAAGUAUGUUGAACAAUGUGGCCGACGGUAUGUAGAUAUGGCAGCCUUGUUCGGGAGCUUGAGGGUCUGAAGGGCGAAGUGACUGUCUGCUUUUGGAUACUGAACAUCGCAUUAUAAUACCAUCAAGAGUAUGCUAUCUGUAUGUAGAGUUAUUAGCUAUGAUUUUCGCACCUCAUACAUCUACGACCGUGUCGCGGCUGAGGAUGGUCGUCUAUGAGUAAUCUUGUUCUCCAGAUAGGUCCUGCACGGUGCCGUACCGCCGUCGAUGAUAUAGUAGAGGCAACGUCCGCAAAUCGUCUUCGGGAAACUCCUCCGAAGAAAGCGACUCCUCCACACGAAGCACCUGCGCGAUAAACAGCUCCGACGCAAGCCCACUUCCGCCCUCCACCUGCUGCACGCCCCCUUGCCCCAGCAUCUCCUCUCCAACCAAGCCUUCCCUACUACCCAUCUCAGUAAGCGGCAACGACCGCCCGACCAACCGACACGUCAGCGCUCCGAUCGAGUCCCUCAGGACCGGCAGCCCUUCCUUGGACGUGUACCACGCAACGCGCGGAUGCUCGAACGGGUGGGGGUGUAGGUCUGGACGCGCGAACAGCUGGGCGACGUGCGCUUGCGAGGCGGAGAGGACAUUAAUGACCAUGUGCGCAUGCGAUAGCGAGUCUGGACGUGUGCUCCUUCCACUGUUGUCCGCGGCGCACGUAUUGGCGCUUGUAGGGCCGUCCGUGUGGUGGGCGUUGAGCGCGGCAGCCAUGCGCGAUGGAACACGGAGCGAGAACGCGACGAGGGGAUGUGGGUCGAGGGCGAUGGAGGAGAAUGAUGAGAGUGUUGCCCCGUGAAUGGCUCUUGGCACGUUUUGGUGAGCCUUGGCCGUUGAUGAUGAUGGCGAGCUGGAGCCCGAGUCAGGGAGCACGGU